UGCGCCGCUCCGGUGCCCAUUGGUAAGCCACUCCUCCCCCCUUGAACGCACCCAUCCAUCCACCAGCGGCGCGAACUCUCGGUGAACCACACGGCUGAGUCAGCCACCUGGACUGCCGGGACCGCCAAACGUCAUUCAAUCUGCAAAAAAUCCCCCUGUGCCCCUCCCGCCCAUUGCCCCUCAUUCGGAGCUAACCGUAGCCAUCAUUAUUCAGUACCACUUUUAAACCAUCGGCCGCUGCCUCUCUCCGUCUUUAUUCUUCUUCCCUCUCUUCAUCUACCGCCAGACCAUCUACACUUCGAAACUCUCUCCGCCGCUUUCCGGUUCAGUCGCGCGCAGCAACAGGCAGACAGGCUUUUUCGAGCACUUCCACAGUUUUAUUCUCCUCUACAUCCGCAGUCAUGGGUGGUCGUGUUGAGCUCAUCGGAACCAAGGGCGACUUCGAGUCCAAGGUCAAGCAGUCCCAGGGCGUCGUCAUCGUCGACGCCUACGCCGACUGGUGCGGUCCCUGCAAGGCCAUCGCGCCCAAGGUCGACUCCCUCAGCGAGCAGUACCCCGACGCCAAGUUCUACAAGAUCGACGUCGACGAGCUCACCGAUGUCGCUGCCGAGCUCGGCAUCCGCGCUAUGCCUACUUUCCUGAUCUUCAAGGAUGGCAAUCAGGUCGGUGAGGUUGUCGGUGCCAACCCGCCUGCGCUGGAGGCUGGCAUUAAGCAGCAUCUUUAGAUCUAUCUAAGUAGGGUUGGGGGUUGAUUUUGUGUUGUAUAUUGAGUGGGUGAAUACAUACUAUUCAGAUGUUCAGUUGUGUUGAGGUUGGGCUGGCUUUCAGUAUCAACACUGCCUGCAGCAUGCCCAUUGUAGUAGUUUUCUGAAUAGGCAUCCGUGCCUGAAGAACGACAUCGUAGGAUUAAACUGUGAUAGGUACUUUGAUAAUCAUAUCCAUUAGUUGCACUGAGGUCAGAC